AUGGAUUCUACGGUGGAAAAACUCCCUCCCAAUAUACUCCUCUUCCCCUUCCCAGCCCACAGCCACAUCCAUUUCCUACUCAAUCUAGCAGAGCUUCUCUGCUGCCGCGGCGGCCUCCACGUCACCUUCCUUGUAGCCGACCAAACCCACCGCCACCUCCUUAACGACACUGCCGUCCGGUCUCGCUUCAACCGGUAUUCCGGGUUCCGAUUCCAAAACCUCCGCGACGGGCUUCCCGUACGAGACAGCCAAGGUUCCCUUGACAAAACGAUGGAGUUCGGCUCCUCCUUUUUGAAAGUAGCGAAACAGCGUUUCAAAGAAGUUUUGAUAUCAUUAUCAUCAUCAUCCGACUGGCAAAAGGCCGAGGAGGACUCUGAUCACGUUGCCGGAAAAUCGUCCAUCGCGUGCAUCAUAGUGGAUUCGAUGAUGGCGAGUUUUGCUGUGGAUGCGGCUGGUGAGGCUGGUAUCCCGAUCAUGUGUAACUACAAUGCGUGCCCCUCUGAUUUUUGGACAGUUCUUUGUGUCCCUAAACUCAUUGAAGCAGGGGAGAUUCCUUUUCAAGGAGACGAUUUGGAUGUGCCCAUCGCAAACGUUCCGGGUCUCGAAGGUUUGCUCCGACGUCGUGAUCUAUCGAGUUUUUUACGUGUGGAAGACUUGUCGGACAAGAACGCCCAAUUUAUGAUUAACGGAGUGUCUCAAGCCCGCCGAACACGUAUGAUACUCAACACAUUUGAAGAGCUAGAAGGGCCCGCGCUUGCUCAAAUGCGCUCCCUAUGUCCGGGUAUUUAUACGGUCGGACCACUCCAUGAGCACCUAAAGACAAGAUUCACAUCAAUGAUCCCUCCAAACAAUUUAAAGAAAGAAAACACGGGUUGCAUAGCGUGGCUUGACGCACAACCGUUGAGAUCUGUGAUUUAUGUAAGCUUCGGAAGCAUUAUAGUGAUGUCAAAUGACCAGAUCAUGGAGUUGUGGCACGGUCUAAAAAAUAGUGGAAAACGAUUCUUGUGGGCACUUCCAAACGUAGCUGACAAAGAAUGGAGAAAUAAAAUUCCGCCGGAGCUCUUUGAGGAUUCGAGUCGAAAGGGGUACAUAGUUGCAUGGGCUCCACAGGAUGAUGUCCUGGACCACAAAGCUGUUGGUGGGUUUCUGACUCAUUGUGGUUGGAAUUCAACUCUAGAGAGUAUUGUUGCGGGAGUUCCGAUGAUUUGUUUGCCCUAUUAUGGAGACCAACAGUGCAUUAGCAGAUUAAUUGCCGAGGUAUGGAAAAUUGGAUUGGACAUGAAGGACACUUGCGAUCGAGUCAUAAUUCAGAAGAUGAUAAAAGAGCUGAUGGAUACGAGGAGAGAGGAGUUUACGCAGUCAGCAGAUCAAAUCGCGAAACUGGCUAAAAAUGCCGUCAGCGAAGGUGGCUCAUCGUACAUUAAUCUGGACCGUUUGAUCGAGGACAUAAGGUCAUUGGACACCGAUUGAACACACAAUUGGUUUGGAAGGAAUGAAACAAAAUAAAGACGGAGGAUCCAUACGGACGUCUUACAGCUAAAUGCAUUCGAUGUUUGAUGUAUCGUAGCUAAAUGAACAUAGACCUUUGUUCAAUCUAUCCUUUGGUAAUUUCAUUUGCGCGAUAGUUUUUUGUGUUUCUAACUUUCUAUUGACCAGAAAUCACCUUGGAAGUCUUUCUUCUUCUCUUUUCUGUGAUUCCGGAAACGUUCAAGACGACAUAAAAACGAAAAACAGAUCGUCGAAACGAAAAUAAGGAACAAAAGCGAGCAUGGGUUAGACCCUCAGGAGUCCAAAUCCCCAGUGCAGGGUAGAUUUUUUUUGUAUGUCCAAACAGUACUCAAUGAAUUGAACGUGUAUCAGGUGCCACAAUCAAUUUUCAUGGUUUAUUCUUGAAAAUAGGCUAACAUGGGCACAAUGUUGAUUCCCUCAUGAAAUCUUCAAUAACCCAUCAGUAAUUAGUAAGGCCACUCCCAAAGCUUUUAUGUGUAAUGCUCAGGCAACCAUGAUCUGAUGUACUCAGUCAAACGGCCCAUGUUGCUAUACGACGACCCACCUUUGCUCAAGGCAUCUCUAGCCAUCUUGGCCAUCUGAUCUGCCGAUCGGAUGAACUCGUCUUUUCUCACAACCAUCAGAUCUCUGACCAUCUCCUCUAUUACAAUUCGAUCACAAGUGUCUUUCAUAUCGAGACCAAUCUUCCAUACCUCACUCACAAACCUACUAUUAAUCAUUUGAUCAUUAAAGUAAGGCCAGCAAAUCA